AUGGCACCGCGCUCCCUUCUCGACAGACUCGAAGAGCUCUGUAACGUCGACGUUGACGAUGUCAACACAGAUCUUAUCAAAAAUUUGCCUUUCACUCCCAACAAUCAGACGUCGAAUCAAGGUGUUGUCACGCAAGAGUUGCUGAAGCCCGAGAAUCAGAUGCUUCUAGAAGAGCUGGUUGAUAAAUACGGCAAAGAGGGCUGGCAGAAAGUGUACGACACGGCGGCCGUGACCUUUUGUGCCAGGAAUGUCCAAUACUUGUCUGGCCGUGUCCUAGUCCAGACCUCGCUCCGCUAUGUGAAUGACUGUGCCGCCAUAAUCAAACACUGCCAAGAGUACGCCGAAGCAUUUGAGAAGGCUGGUAUUUCCAGAGAUCGAUUCGCCAUUAAAGUGCCAUUUUCUGGAGCUGGGGCUUCGGCGGCCCUUGAGCUCAAUGCUCAAGGAAUUCGCACGCUAGCUACGGCUGUCUUCUCUCUUGAACAAGCCAUUGCAGCCAGCCAGUCAAAUUGUCUAUUCAUCAGUCCAUACUAUAAUGAAAUUGCAGCGCAUUUAGACCCGGGGCUUCGCCCACAUGUCAAAGACCCUGCUCUCGAGCAUCCCAUGUCAGCACGUGUAAUACACAUCCUCAAGACAUUUGCGGAAGCCUAUGCGCAGACGGGAAAAGAACAGCCAAUCAUGGUCAUUGCAAGCCAUUUUAACGUUGCUGAAGUCCUUGCUAUGGCCGAAUUAGGUUGUCAACAUGUCACCGUUCAAGGCCCUAAUCUCAAAAAGCUUAUGGAAACACCGGACACCCUUGCCCCAGUGCUCAAGAAGAAACCUACACAUCCGUAUGCUGAGUUCACCGUUGCGGAGCGCCUGAAGACAUUGGAGACCCUGGACCCGCUUUCCGCACCCGAAUGGAGUGGAAGGCUAGCCACAAUGGACACAGACUUUGUGGCGGAUGGGGGUAAAAAUCUUGACCGAUUCAUCGCAGGGAAUCUGGUAUUGAACAAAAGAUUCGGAGAUGCUUGCAAAUUUUUCCUUGAGGCCGAAGAGAAAGCGAAGGAGGCCAUUGAAAGAGUUAUGGCCGCUAAAGGCUUAUGA